AUACAGAUGAUGAUGAUUUAGACGCUCUUUACAGCACCAACACUGAGUCAGGUCAGUCACAAGAGAACCAAGUGCACCCAAUGGAUGUUCAAAUGGCUGUGUUUCACUGCUCUGACAGCUUCCUUAAACAGAAAAUGAUCACAAAGCUGUCACAGUGUCAGUAUGCCUUACCACUGCUGGUUCCUGAUCUUGUCACAACAAAUAUUGUAUGUCCUCUGUGGACGUUCAGACAGAUAACAAAAACAUGGAAAACAAGCACAACAAAAGAUAAUUCAACCACUGUCACCAUGAAGAGCAUGCCAGUCUACAACGCUGAGACUCCCAUGGUUUCAUUUUUCCGACUAGGCUCCAUGUCUUUGUCCAAAUCUCAGCUGAUGAACGCCUUGAUCAAUGACCGCCACAACACGUUCUUCCACAGAAACUGCCCAGGAAGCACCAAAUCUCGUCAUUUAAUGGAUGGUGUGGCAGAGAUUGCCUGGUACUGCCCUGCAGGAAAACCCAAUGAUUUCUUUUUGGACUGCAUUGCCUUCUGCAAUCUUCAUGGGGAUUCUCUAGCAAUUGUAAAGCAGCGUGAAAUACUCACUGAAAUGUCUUCUGUCAUUGUUGUUCUUGUACCAACUUUGGAAAAAAACCAUGAAAGUAGUGCAGUCAUUUCAAUGCUUUAUAAGUCUUCGAAGCCUCUGAUUAUUCUCAGUGCUGACAACGAGUGUAGUGCAGUAGAGAUGAAACCACAAAAAUACAAACUGGGUCUGAAAGAAAGAAGCCAGUCUGAUGUUCCUGAAGAACUAAAAAAGAUUAUAAGAAGCAUAUUGUCUAGACCCCAGACAUCCUUCCAGCUUAAAACUAUGGCUAAGGUCUCUGGAGUCAGAGUGGAUGAAGAUAUGGAGGUCUGCCAGAACGGGAAAUCUGCUGCCAUGGAACUAGUUAAAUUGAUUGAAAGGAUGGAUGUUUCUGAAAUAAAAGAGAAAUUUCUUCCCUGCCAAGGCCAACUUUGGUACGAGUGGUGCAAAAUCAAUAAAGAAUUAUAUCAUCUAAAGGGACACAUUGAGAAAGAAAUGGUCCAGAAGAGGCAACAGCUGAAAGAAAUACGACAGAAACAGUGCAACAUGUCCAAUAAUGAAAUGAUGAGAUUGUUCACUGAGAGCCUUGAGCGUUUGCCACCAAACGACAGAGAAUACUUCCUAAAAUGGACUCAGAUCCUGAUAGAUGCCCUCUCCAAAGAUGAUCUUUCUUCAAUUCUGCAAAGCUAUGAUGAAACAUGGUCAGAGGUCUUGGUUCUAAAGAACAAACAUGAAAAAUCUGCUCAAUUAAAUGAAAAACAAGCUGAGCUAGAACAUUUAUCAAAAAAGCUUCAAUCAGCAACAUUUGGUCUGGAACACCUUUUCAGAGAAAUGGGACAAAUCUAUGAAGCCCAUAAAUUUCUGGAGAGACCAUCACUGGGUCGACAGACUGAAUGGACUAAAUACCCUGAGCUGGCUGCAGAUCUGAUGAUAAAAGGACACCCAAUGGAGCUGAUGGAUGGUGAUGCAGGUCAUGUGCCUUUAUUAUGGAUCUCUAGUCUUUUAAAGGAAGUCAUCAAGAAAUUGGGUGACCAGAAAGUCUUUGUGUUGUCAGUUUUGGGUGUACAAAGCAGCGGAAAGUCAACGAUGUUGAACGCCAUGUUUGGAUUGCAGUUUGCAGUGAGUGCUGGGAGGUGCACCAAGGGUGCCUACAUGCAGCUGGUUAAGCUGUCAGAGGAAAUCAAGAAAGACUACAAGUUUGAGUAUGUUCUAGUUGUAGACACUGAAGGACUGCGUGCUCUUGAGUUAGCAGGUAAUGCUACCCUUCAUCAUGACAAUGAACUUGCAACAUUUGUUGUUGGUUUGGGAAACAUGACAUUGAUCAACAUCUUUGGUGAGAAUCCAGCUGACAUGCAAGAUGUCCUGCAGAUUGUUGUGCAGGCUUUCAUGAGGAUGAAGAAGGUAAAGCUUUCUCCAAGUUGUGUGUUUGUUCAUCAGAAUGUCACAGAUAUUUCAGCAGUAGAGAAAAACAUGGACGGAAAAAGACGCCUGCAGGAAAAACUGGACAAGAUGGCUCAACUGGCUGCCAAAGAGGAAGUGUGUGAUGUUGAGUGCUUCAGUGAUGUCAUUGCAUUUGAUGUGCAAAAAGACGUGAAAUACUUUGCUCAACUAUGGGAGGGAAGUCCACCAAUGGCUCCUCCAAAUCCAGGGUAUAGUGAGAGUGUCCAAGAACUGAAGGCAGUCAUCCUGUCUAAGGCCUCACACUCUACCGGGAUCCUUCUGUCACAUUUCAAUGCCAAAAUUCAGGACCUGUGGAACGCCUUGAUGAAUGAACACUUUGUUUUUAGCUUCAAAAACACCCUAGAAAUUGCAGUUUACAGAAAACUUGAAGCUCAGUAUGGGAACUGGACUUGGGCCCUGAGGAGUGAGAUGCUUAACAUUGAAAAUCAACUUUAUCCCAGAAUUGAAAAAGGUCAACUGGACAAAGUUGACAAAGUUUACCUUGAAAAACAAAUGAGCAAAAAAUAUACUGAAAUAACAAAAGCUAUUGUGGCUUAUUUCGAAGAUGACAAAGACAAAGAAAUGUUGGUUCAGUGGCGAAGUCGAUUUGAGAUCAAAAUCGACGAGUUUCAUGAGGAACUCGUUAGAGAUGUGAAAAGAAAACUGGAUGAACUUAUCCAGCAGAAUAAUGCUCGAAAAAAGUUUGACAACAAGAUGACAGAGUUUGAAAACAACCUGCUCCAGAAGAGCAAAGAGCUCGCUCACCUGUUAAAAUGCACUGAUGCAGAUGUAGAGGAACUAAAAGGACAGUUCAACACUGUUUGGAGUCUCUGGGUUAAGGAAUUAACGUCAGAUACAAAGCCCAUUGAGAACAUAAGCUUGGAUGAAGAUCAGUGUAAUGUCCUUGGAGGUCUUGGUGUUGAAUCUUCCUUCAUUAUUGAGUCAAAACAGUCCAAGAAAUACAAAAAUCUGUCAGAAACUGGAAACUACUGUUGUUAUAGAACCCCUAAGAAGUCUGAAAAACUCUACGAAGAGAGCCAACAAUCUCAGAAAAACAAGAAUAAAGCAGACAGAGACACAGGCAAACAAAGCAAAAUUUUUGACAUUGCCCGAAAAUUUAUGGGAAUGGCAUCAACAACACAACAAGAGCAACAACACAAAUCAAAGAAUUCAUUUCAGCACGAAGAACAGGAAAUGAUUAGAUUGUUCAUUAAUCAAGUUGAACAAGAAUGUCUGAAAGUUAUGAAGGACAAACCUGUUGCAACAAGAGGUUACUCAUCAACCUACUUGGAGGAACUUGCCAAACAUGUUAAACAGAGAGUCACAGAGUUUGAAUCAGGGAGGAAAUAUACCUUCAAGAAGGAGUUUACUGUUGAUCUUUUACUGUACGUGUUUGACAGAGCAGAAACUGUCUAUAACAAGACUGGGGUUGGUAUUGCUGGAGAGAUGGUGUGCAAUUUCUCAGCAUUCAGUGGGAACAGACUGAACUUAGAGAAACAUGUGUUGGCAUCUCUGGCAGAGAAAGAAGACUUCAACAGUUUCAUCACCUACAUCCGAAAUCCAAGGAAGCAAGUAGAGGCUUUUAUUAAAGAAGAAGUGGAGAAAUACAUGUUUGCUACACAGAAAGUGUUUUUUUCUCCUACUGAGGGCGUGACCGGCAGGUUCUGCGGCGCAGCUGUUACUCAUCAGCGAGCAAUCAGCCUGGGCUCAAAAGGAGUGGAUCUCCAGAAGGAGGCGUAA